CUCGAUAAAAAAAAAAGAGAGACAUUCUAAAUUUUUCAGUCAAAAUUCAUAUAACUACUACUUUAAGCAAGAAUAAAUUAUAUCAGUAAUCAAGUGGAUAAUUAACAAUGUUUGAUUUGAAAAAAGUAGUAAGGCCCAAUAUAUUAUCACUCGAACCUUAUAGGUGUGCCAGAGAUGACUUUAAAACUGGGGUAUUAUUAGAUGCCAAUGAGAAUACCUAUGGACCAGCAUUAACAACCUUAACAGAAGAUGAGAAAUCACUUGAAUUAAAUAGAUAUCCUGAUCCACACCAAAUCGAAUUGAAACAACAAAUCAUUGAAUUCCGUAACUCUCAACCUAAUAAAUUUCUUAAAGAUUUUGAAAAAUCAAAGUUAAAACCUGAAAAUUUAUGCCUUGGAGUAGGUUCAGAUGAAAGUAUUGAUUUAUUACUUCGAUGUGUAUGUGCACCUGGAAAGGAAAAGAUGUUGAUAUGUCCUCCUACUUAUGGAAUGUACUCAAUUUGUGCUACUGUUAAUGAUGUGGAAAUUGUUAAAGUUCCAUUACUUUAUCCAUCAUUUCAAGUUGAUAUCUCUAGUGUGGUUGAUAAGGUAGUCAAAGAUUCAAGUAUAAAAUUAGUAUAUUUAACAUCACCAGGUAAUCCUACUGGUAAAUUACUUGCAGUUUCAGAUAUCAUUGAAUUAUUGGAAAAGACCUUAGCUGCCAAUUGGCAAGGAUUAAUUGUUGUAGAUGAAGCUUAUAUAGAUUUCACAUUGGAUCCAAAUUCAAAAUAUAGUGAAUCAGUUUCCACCUUAGUUAAUCAAUAUCCAAAUUUGGUUGUAUUUCAAACAUUAUCAAAAUCAUUCGGAUUAGCUGGUAUUAGAUUAGGUAUUACUUAUAGUUCUACUGAUUUGGCCUAUUUCUUGAAUGCCAUGAAAUAUCCUUAUAAUAUUAGUUCAUUAACUUCUAAUGUUGCUAAAAGAGCUACUAGUUUAGACUCCGGAUUACAUAUAAUGGCCGAGUAUGUUGCCAAUACUAUUGAACAACGUCAAUUAGUUUUGGAUAAAUUACAAUCAAUUGAAGGAAUUGGUAGAAAUAUCGGAGGAUUGGAUUCUAAUUUUAUAUUGGUUGAAGUAUUAAACAAAGAAGGUGUACCAUCUAAUGAAGUUGCUCAACAACUAUACAACACUUUGGCUGUAGAUAAUGAAGUUGUGGUUAGAUUUAGAGGUAAAGAAUUAAAUUGUACUGGAGCUCUCAGAAUUACAAUCGGUACUGAACAAGAAAACAAAAUUUUAAUAGAAAAAAUUGCUCAAGUCUUAAAGGCAAUUAAUAAGUAGAGAAGCUAGUCUUUAUCAUACAUAUUCUAAUAGAUAAUUG